AACGCGCUGCUUGCGCGUACUCCCCGAAUUCAGCCGUAACAUUUCCUAUAAAAUUACGUAUCUGCUCUCAUAUUUAAUCGAUUUUACAUAUAACAAUGUUAAAUAAUUGACACUUAUUAAAGCAGAGUAUAAAUACAACUUGGCAACUUCAAUUUUGCUCUUUAGAGCUUCCAAAGAAAUCAAGAGAUAUAAAAAUGGCUACUGUACCAUUAAUAUUCGUCGAGGAAGAUGUUGAACGGGGUGGCAAGGAACAAUCUCAACAUGAAAUACAAACUGAUUUUGCAUAUAGGAACAAUGUGCACAAUGCAGAUAUUAAUAUACGAAUGGGCUUCUUACGGAAAGUUUAUGGUUUGUUGAGCAUCCAGCUCUUGAUGACAGUUGUGGUGGCUUCGGUAUUUGUCAUGAGCUCAACUGUGAAAUUAUAUGUACAAGAUAACCCAUGGACUAUAGGCUUAGCAUUUUUCUUGACAAUGGGAAUUUUAAUUGGCCUGCUGAUAAAAAGAAGAGAUCAUCCUGCUAAUUUAAUCCUUUUAAGCGCAUUUACAUUGGUGCAGGCAUAUACUGUGGGAGUCGUAGUGUCCAUGUAUGAUACCACAGUAGUCUUAGAAGCUCUCUUUAUAACAUUGACGGUUUUACUUGGUUUAACAGCUUAUACUUUCCAAACCAAACGAGACUUCUCAUUUAUGGGAUUCGGGUUAUUCAUUGGACUUUGGUGCCUCUUGAUCGGUGGUUUCAUUCAAAUUUUUGUUCAUAGCACUGCACUGGAAUUAGGCAUAAGCAUUGGAGGUGCAUUAUUGUUUUGUCUGUUUAUUGUUUUUGACACCCAAGCGAUAAUGCAAACUCUUUCGCCCGAAGAAUAUAUCUUGGCGACGAUUAAUAUUUAUUUAGAUAUUAUCAAUUUAUUCUUACAUAUUUUGCGAGCUCUUGCAAUUUCAAAGCAAUAAGAAAAAAAAAGUAUUAUGUAUUACUAUUUAUAGAGAAUAUUCAUUAUGUGAAAAGCACAAGUUAAUCUAUAAUUCUUGUUAUUGUAUAAUACACACGCGCAAGCGCGAUAUAGAGUUCUCUUUACUAUUCAAAAUAAAUUUAUAUUUUAUCUAAGUAUAUACUUUUAGCUCCUAUGUGAAAUAUGUAAGAGAAAUUUUAGUGUCAAAUAUAAGGGAUUUUCUGUGAACUUCGAAAA